AUGACUUCCAGCUCUACCUCCAGCAGACCUCACUCCCGAGCUCGCCGGUAUGUUGUGUCACUCCGCAGUUCCCUCGGCCACGCUCUUGCUAACCGCGCGACGAACAGACGUGCGCAUACUCCGACCCGGAACAAACGCAACCUCACAGGGACCGUCGGCCAGGCAUCAUGGAUCAGCAGCGUCGUCAACCUUCUCAACACCAUUGUCGGGGCCGGAGUCCUCGCCAUGCCUCUGGCACUCUCCCAUAUGGGUAUCGUGCUAGGAACAAUCGUUAUACUCUGGGCCGGCAUCACCGCAGGAUUCGGACUCUACCUACAAACACGAUGCGCCGCGUACCUGGAACGCGGAUCGGCCAGUUUCUUCGCGCUCUCCCAGAUCACAUACCCCAAUGCGGCGGUUAUAUUUGACACGGCGAUCGCCGUCAAGUGUUUUGGCGUGGGGGUCAGCUAUCUCAUCAUCAUCGGGGAUCUCAUGCCUGGAGUGGUGCGAGGGUUUGCGGACGAGAACAAACUCGGCGCGUUCAUGUUCGAUCGACAUUUCUGGAUCACGGCCUUCAUGCUGGUCGUGAUUCCCUUUUCCUUCCUCCGUCGGUUGGACUCGUUGAAGUAUACCUCGGUGGUUGCCCUGAUCUCGAUUGGCUACCUGGUCAUUCUGGUCGUCUAUCAUUUCGCCGCCCACGACACUCUCCCCGACGGACACUACCAGACACCGCUACGGAUCUUCAAGUGGGCCGGUGCGGUGCCAGCACUAUCGUCGUUCCCUGUCAUCGUCUUCGCAUACACCUGCCACCAGAACAUGUUCAGCAUCCUCAACGAGAUCGCCAACAACUCGCACUUCCGCACCAGCUCCGUCGUCUGCACGUCGAACGGAACCGCCGCUGCAAUUUAUAUGCUCGUCGCCAUCACCGGCUAUCUUUCCUUUGGCAAUGAAGUCGGGGGAAACAUCGUCGCCCAGUACGCCCCGUCAGUAUCCACCACCAUCGGUCAAGCCAUGAUCGUGGUUCUGGUCAUGUUCUCCUUUCCGCUCCAAGUCCACCCUUGCCGCGCCAGUGUCGACGCCGUUCUGAAAUGGCGACCGAGCAACAAACUAAAAUCUGUGCUCCGCUCUAGCCCGGCAACCCCGUCGUCCGGCGAUGCCAGUCCGCCCCGCGACACUCCGCUGCUGCACUCGGCCAAGAAGCGCGCUCCGGAGAUGGGCGAGGUGCGCUUCGCCGCCAUCACCACCACCAUCAUCGUCUUGAGUUACAUUGUCGCCAUGACCGUGUCCAGUCUGGAGGCGGUGCUCGCUUAUGUCGGCUCCACGGGAAGCACGGCCAUCUCUUUCAUCCUGCCGGGCCUGUUCUAUUACAAGAUCUCCUCGCCGGAUUCGCCUCUGCAUCAGCGCUUGAUGAAGGAAGAAGACGACUACGACCAUGACCAUGACCACGAGGACGAAGACGACGACGACCGCGCGGGCAAGUCGGACGACGAAAACGACCAGCAUGACCCCGAGGGCCAGACUCUACUGGCCAACUCCGGGAUCCUGAGUAUCGGCGCCAUCAGCAUGCUGAGACGAUCGAGGAAUUUCCGGAGGAAGUUGUUGAGGAGGUUGAGUCUCGCUCUGGCCAUUUAUGGCUUGGUGGUCAUGGUGGUGUGUUUGAUCACCAAUACUUUUUUCAUUGUUCGGCAUUAA